AUUAUACGCAAUCAGGUCAUCGGGCCUGACACCUUUACUCCGGUAAAGAGCGCUGUUGGAUCUCUCACAACAAGACCUGGCCAGGGUCAGUUUUAGAUCUAAUAGAAAAGCUGGCGCGCCAAGAGCACAACGCAGGAGGCCGAUUCAGCCGUGACUCCGAGAGAGAAGCGUGCCAACCGCCCCGCAGCACGGAGCCCGCUGGAUCACGCCGUCUCAGCGGCACCCCGUGCCCGCCCUGAGCCCGUCCGGCGCGCGACAGACUUAGACAAAGAGCAAGAAUGGCAGAGAGACCUAUGUGGGAGCAAGUUGGAACAAGUUUUGUGCAUCUUUAUUACCAGCGUUUUGAUACCAGUAGAGUAGAGCUAAGUGCUCUCUAUACAGAUGCUUCUUGCUUGUCCUGGGAAGGACAGCAAUUCCAAGGAAAAACAGCCAUCAUGGAAAAGCUGAUGAGCCUUCCAUUCCAAAAAAUCCAACACAGCAUAACAUCUCAAGAUCACCAACCAGCGCCUGAUAACUGUAUACUUAGUAUGGUGGUUGGUCAGCUGAAGGUGGAUAAUGACCCAGUGAUGGGGUUCCACCAGCUGUUUGUUCUCAAGAAUAUUAGUGACAAUUGGGUUUGCACCAAUGAUAUAUUUAGACUGGCCCUGUACAACUUUGCUUGAAUAUUUUUCUGUUCUCAAAUGUCUGUUUCUACUACCACUUUCAAAUCUGACACAAAAAUAAAUAAAUUGUUUAAAUUGUU